AUGUACAAUGUAAAUUUAAAGGCUUAUCAUAAUUCUUCCAACACAGGCAUACACACAGACCUUUCCCACCCUUGGAUUUAUGAUAAAUGUCUCCAAACACCCUCUAUUUUUUUGUGUAUGUGUGUUCCCCACCCCAGCAGUGUUUUUGCAAGUCUGGGUGCUCUUGCUUUGCCACAGGCUGUGAUAAUGUGUAGUUCAUCACUCAAGGUGGAAGAGGCAGGGAGACAAGUGCAGAUUGUUGUUAGAAAGGUGUGGGGAGGAGAGGGGGGGUGCGAAACGGUACUCUUAACUGCUCUUUCCAAUUCCGGUCACUUGGUGUAUUUGCUGCUCAAGCAGGGGGCAUUGCCGAUUGGUAUCUUGUGCUGCAUCUUAAAAUUACUGGCAAGACAGACCCAUCCCAAGCACUGA